GGUUGGACAGGAGGAGCGAGACGCCUUUUCAGUGAGGUCAUUCAGCAGGAUAAGUGGUACAUUGAGGAAUCGGAUACGGAGGACGCGGAACAAAGGGAAAGAGAGGAAGAUGAUGUAGUAGAAGAAGGAACCAAUGACCCAAAGUGCCCCAUGAGCUGCUUCUCUGUGGUCGAAAAGAUUCGUUGGUGGCAAGAGUGGCGAUCAGCCUUAGUUGUGAAGGGUUUAGGGCGGAAAGUCCCGCACGUACCACUUGUGAAAAGACUCAAUUUCCUGUGGGGACUGUCACGACCUUACUCUCGAUCGUGCGGUCCUAGCUCUCAAUUUCGUUAG